GGCAACAUCGUAGUUAUAACCUCAAAUAUCAACGAGUAGACUGUCAGUGUCAAAUAAGAAACUGUCUGUUGUGGAUUUAUUUAUUAUAUCUUGGCUCCGCACCACAACCGUAACCUCAACACAACAAUUUGUAAACAAAUAUGAACCAAAGACUAGAAAGUCAACAAAAAACAUGUAGAACGAGUGUUGCCCUGUUUUUUGCACUAUAAACUACUCAACUAAAUUAUUGUUGUAGAGAUGGAAAAACUAAAAGGAAUCGACGUGAAUGUAGUGAAUUGGAAAUCCAUUAAACAGGAGGGACUUGAUUUAGAAUAUGCUGUACCUAUUCCCCGUGCUAUUGCGAGUGAUUUAUUACGGGAACUCGAAAGCAACUUGGAAUAUUUUACUGGAGAGUUAUCUCGAAUAAAAGUUUUUGGCAAGGUAUACCCUUUGCCACGACAACAAGUUGCUUACGGGGACCCUGGGAUCACAUAUACAUACUCCGGUGUCACUGUUCCAGCCCUUCCGUGGCCCGCACCCGUUCUGGCUUUGCGAGACUUCCUCACAGCCCUUAAAGGAAUUGAAUAUGACUUCGUUUUGGUAAACAAAUACAGAAACGGGAAUGAUCACAUGGGCGAACACAGAGAUAACGAACCGGAGUUAGAUCCUACCAGCCCCAUCGCAUCUACAAUAUCCUUAGGACAAGAAAGGACAUUCGUGUUAAAACAUAGGGACGCAAGAAAGCCAGGCAAGGAUAAAAAACCGAUACCUCCAGUGAAAAUAGAAUUGGAACAUGGCAGUAUACUCCUCAUGAAUCCACCUACAAAUGAGAUCUGGUAUCACUCUUUACCGGCACGGAAAAGGCUAAUGGGUGCAAGAAUUAAUUUAACAUUCAGAAAAAUGCGCCGAUAGUGUUCAAGUAUGAAAGUGAAUUUUAUUUAUACAAUGAAAAUAUUUUAGAUAAGCCAUUCCAAAUCAGUAUUCCUUUGUCGAUAAAUAAUGACGAUUUAAAAAAAGUAAUGUCAAAGUAUGUGUCAUUCAUUGUAAUGUCAUAGUGUUUGUGUCAAUCAGUAAUGUCAGUUCAGUCAAAUUAUAAUAAUUAUUUGUUGU